CAUGCAGGUGCAGAUAUAUACAGAGCAAACAUGCAGGGGCUCAUCACGUUGCCUGCAAUACUGCAUCGUCGGUGAAGCUUUUGCCUUUGCAGCACCGAGAAGAUGAGCAUGCUCAAGUCUUUCCCGCACGGUAUCGCCAUGCCGGCACAGGCCCAUCCAAGCUGGUUUAGGAACCGGGUUGCCACAAGAGCUGGGACACGGGCCUGCAAGUUCACCGCGACAGCUCAUUUCGAGGACACGGUGACGGGAAUGCCGGUGCCAGAGCAGGCGGAGGCGGAGGUGGCGCGGAGUCUGAACCUAGGCGGGUGGGUGCAGGAACAGAUGUUGCCGCUGCUCACCUCGGUGGAGGACGCGUGGCAGCCCAGCGACCUGCUUCCCUGCUUUUCACUUUCUUCAGCAGGUAGCGUUGCCGAGGAGCAGCAGCCGUCGAUGACGAUGAUGGUGGAGGAGCUGCAGGCCCGAGCGUCGGGCGUGCCGGACGACGUGCUGGUGUGCCUGGUGGGCAACAUGGUAACGGAGGAAGCGCUGCCGACGUACAUGUGCAUGAGCAACCGAGUGGUGGGCAACCGCGACGACACGGGUUGCAGCGAGCCCCCCUGGGCGCGCUGGCUCCGGGGCUGGACGGCCGAGGAGAACCGCCACGGCGACCUCCUCAACCGCUAUCUCUACCUCUCCGGCCGCGUCGACAUGCGCCGGGUUGAGAGGACCGUCCACCACCUCCUCCGCAACGGUAUGCAGAUGCUGAGGCCGUCUAGCCCCUACCACAACGUCGGCUACACUUCCUUCCAGGAGCGCGACACCUUCAUCUCGCACUCCCACACCGCAAGGCACGCCAUGCGCCACGGCGACCGCUGCCUCGCCAAGAUCUGCGGCGUCGUGGCCGCCGACGAGAAGCGCCACGAGGCGGCAUACACUAAGGCAGCCGCCAAGCUCUUCGAGCUCGACCCGGACGGGAUGGUGCGAGCGGUGGCCGCCGUUCUGCGCGACAAGAUCACCAUGCCCGGCCAGCUCAUGACAGACGGCCGAGACGCCGAUCUCUUCGCGAAAUUCUCGGCGGUCGCGCAGCGCACCGGGGUGUACACGGCAAGGGACUACGGCGACAUGGUGGAGCACUUCGUGCGGAGGUGGAAGGUGGCUGACCUCGCCGGGGGUCAGCUGUCCGGCGAGGGGCGGCGCGCUCAGGAGUACGUUUGCGGGCUGCCGCGCAAGAUCCGGCGGGUGGAGGAGCUGGCCCACGACCGCGCGAUCAAAGCCGCGAAAGAGCCCGAGUUCGCAAGGUUCAGCUGGGUCUUCGACAGGUCUGUCUGCAUCACAGGCAGAGCCUAAUCCAACUGUCCAUCUACUAAAUUUCACCCCUAAAAAUAUCUACUCCAAGGCCAUGAAUAAGAAGCAGCAGCAGAGUAUCAGGAUCGUCGUCACGAUCAGUAGAGUACCGUCUUCUGUUGCAUAAUACACCCUUCGUUUCAUAAUAUAAGAAUGUUUUAUAUUAUGAGACGGAAGAAGUACUAUAGUACGAUUGAUCGGAGUAAUUAGCUGCAACCUAUGCAAAGUAUGUGUGUUUGUUUAUUGAAGCUUGGACUAGUCGUAUAACCAAGUUUAUGCAGUGUACUUGUACUCUAUAUGAUUCUGUGAAGUGAUGGAAAUGUAUGUGUAAUGCCGUGUGCAUUUCUCUUU